CCGGAGGCCGUGCAGGGUGCCGCUAAGGAGGCCGGUGGCACCGAGCAGCCGGACCCCUCCACCAUGACUCCCCAGGAACAGCAGCAAUACUGGUACCAGCAGCACCUGCUUAGCCUGCAGCAAAGGGCAAAAGCCCAUGCUCAGGGACAGCAGCAAAUGAAAGGUCCAGUAGUGAAGGAUGCAUCUGAGCAGAGAGCAAAGUCUGAAGAAGGGAAAGUGAGCGCUUCAACUCAGCAGUCUGAACCACCUCCGCUUAAUGAAUCCCUGCCUCCGGCUUCCAAAGAAGAUGACCCUCCUCUGGAUCCACUGCAACCUCCUGAUGACCCCGAGGAAGAUUUGAGAUUGCAGCAAUUGCAAGCUGCAGCAGCUCAGUGGCAGCAGCAUCCCCAUCACCGGGUUGGAUUUCAGUAUCAGAGAAUAAUGCAGAAGCAUGCACAGCUGCAGCAGAUAGUACAGCAGUAUCAACAGAUCAUGCAACAGCCUCCACAUUUACAGACGAUGUCAGUGGACAUGCAGCUGCGACAUUAUGAGGCGCAGCAAAAACAGUUCCAGCAGCUUCAUAAAGAUUGGGAGCGAUCAAUGAACCAACAGUGGCAGCAUCAGCUUCAAACCUACCCUCACAAAGACCAGCUUCAAGAGUAUGAGAAGCAGUGGAAAGCAUGGGAUGAACAGAUGAAGGUCACUCAGUCCCAUCUGCAGGAGAAAGUGACCUCGCUCCAAAAUCUGAAGAAUCAGUAUCCUGCAAAUGUCUCACUGCCACCUACACCUCCGCUGGUUCCCCCGCCUCUCUCAUCAGUUUCUCAGUUAUCUAAUUCCUCUGGUCCUUCAGGAUCCAGUUCUCAAAGCAGUCAAUCUACUGAGACACCAAGGCCAGCUCUGCUUCCCACUCCUGGUACCUAUGCAUCAAAAGUAGCUAGUUCAACUGUCUAUUCACCUUACCAUUCUCAAGUAAGUUCAUCCUUUGGCUCUUCAGACCACGGAAAGUCUCAAGCUCAUCUUAGUAAGCAAACUGUCUCUAUUUCGUCUGAGCAAGGAUGUGGGGAACUGAAAGCCACUUCUGCAGCGUCUUCAACACAUGCACCUACCAUGCAGGAUAAACCAGUGAGGUCGGGUGGGUUGCUUCCAGAUCCUCCCAGAUCAGCACGUUUUGAAGGCCCCAGAGGCCCUAGAUUUGAUGGACCUCGAGGAAGAGGAUAUGACAAAUUUGAAGGCUCAAGACAGAGAGGGCCUCGUUUUGACUCCCACCGCUCAGAAGGAUACAGGUCACGUUUCGACCGACAGAAUACAGAUGGGCAGUCUUCAAGUAGAUGGGGGACUAUCCCACGAGGGCCAGCAGCACAAUUUUAUACUUCGACACAUGCGUCCCAUGGACAUGGUUCCCGACCUGGUGGUCCACGGUGGAGGGGGCCCAGGCCUCAUUUGGGACAGCAGCAGCAACAGCAGCAACAGUCACAGACAGACUCACAGCCUGAAAACAAAGAACCUUUUACAGACGUAGCUGGCAAUCAGCAGACUGUAAGCAGAACACAGUCUACUCCCGAUGAGCAGAGUGCAGGUCCCAUUGAGCCAAACGAGGACCUGACAAACACUCAACAGGAACCAUCCAAACCUGAAGUCAAAGAAACUACUUCAGACCCUCCUAAAAAGUGGACAUGGAGUUCACAUGAUCCUAACCAGCAAGUAGAAGAGUCCAAAGCACCUACUCCACCUAUUCAGAACCAGAAAUCGACAUCCCUUUCUAGUAACCCUGUAGCUUUGCAGUCAGAUAUUGCAAGAACAGGUGGUGCGGUAACCCCUGUAACAGGUAAUCAGGAUUUGGAUUCACCAGAUAGCCAGCUGAUUGAUUCAGAUAGCACCCAGGACCUACCUGGACCAGAAAGCGGAGGGAAAGGGACUUUUAUGCAUGAAGACAGAGGCAAGGGACCAGUAAACAGAGGAAGGGGACAGGGCAGACUGGAUGAUGGCCGUGGCAGAGGACAAGGGGAUGGCCGUGGCUGGGGAAUGGGCCGUGGCCGGGGGAUGGGAAGGAUGGAUGGUGGCCGAGGGAUGGGAAGGAUGGAUGGUGGCCGGGGAAUGGGAAGGAUGGACGGUGGUUGGGGAAUGGGCAGGAUGGAUGAUGGCCAUGGCCGGGGAAUGGGCAGGAUGGAUGAUGGCCGUGGCAGAGGAUAUGUAUACAGAGGCAGAGGACAGGCUAGGCAGGCAUCCAUCCGUGGCAGGGGGAUGUUCAGGAGAGCGGGCAGCAGGGAGAGGAUGCCAGAUAGGCGGUCAGGCAGCAGGGAGAGGAUGCCAGAGGGACGGUCCAGCAGCCGAGAGAGGGGACUGGGUGGAUGGUCAGAUAGCCACGAGAGGGUAUUCUCUAGCCGAGACAGAGAGCUAGCUGGGCGGAUGGGCAACCGGGACAGGGGACGGGCGGGUAGCCGGGAGAGGUUCCCAGUCAGGCGGGCAGGUAGCCGGGAGAGGUUCCCAGUCAGGCGGGCAGGUAGCCGCGAGAGGGGCCUAGUCAGGCAGGCCGGUAGCCGCGAGAGAGGUCCCAUCAGGAGGGGAGGUAGCCGCGAGAGGGAAACAGGAAGAUCUGAAACGGGCAACAUAGAUAAACCCAUUCAUCUAGGAGAUGACUCUGACAACUUGCCUCCAUACCAUCGAGACGAGACACUCAGAGAUUCUUGGGGUCAUGAAGAUGAUAGAAUGCAAGAGGAAUUUCCUUUAGAUAGCCAAGAUGACCCUUCUUUGGAGCAUGACCGAUUGGAUGACUGGGAAAGAGACCGAUACUGGAGAGAUCACAACUCUGACUAUCAAGAUGAUUCUGUAGAUGUGUAUGACAGAGAUGACAGGCUGCAAUCUCACCAUUCAUUGCCUCCAUUAUCUCCCCUACCACCACUACCUCCUUUAUCAUCUGAUCAUGACAGACGAGAUUCGUGGUGGGAUGACUGGAAAAGGCCAAGAGAGAGGGAACUAGAGAGAGAUCUAGAUAGGACUGGAAGAUCUUCGGAUAUUUAUGAUCAAGAUUUAGACAGACAAUGGGAUAGAGACUGGGACAUGACACCUACGGAUGACAGAGAAAUGGGGAAUCGUGACUUGGAUAUCCCCUCUCUACCACCAUUACCACCUCUUCCACCUCUGGACAGAUAUCGUGAAGAUAGGUGGAGGGAGGAUAGGAACAGAGAUCAUUAUGACAGAGACCUCCGAGACAGAGGGGAGUUGAGAAUUCGAGAGUAUCCAGAGAGAUACGACACAUGGCGGGAGAAGCAAGACUACCUUCCUGAAAGGACUGAUUGGGAGAGGGAACGGAUGUCAGAUAGGUGGUAUCCAGAUGAUGGAGACAGACUGCGGUCUUUGGAGGAUCGUUCAGAUUCAUCCCUUCCUCCACCUUCACAUUCCUCUGAUAUGCUGGGAGCAGAUUCAAACCUGGACUCUGACCAGUCCUUGGGAGGAGUGAUGGUCCUUAGCCAAAGACAGCAUGAGAUAAUUCUGAAGGCUGCUCAGGAGCUCAAAAUGCUUCGAGAGCAAAAAGAACAGCUACAGAAGUUGAAAGAGUUUAAACCUGACAUUUCCACACAGGACUCUCCAAGAUCACAGAACACAAGCACAAGGCCAGGUGCCUUUCAGGUCUCUUCUCAGCUAUCUUCAGAGGCACCAGUAGAAGCCCAGGCUAUUAAACCUUCUCCUGCUGUUAUUAUAAAGCCUCCCGUGUUGUUCAGACAGCCCACCCCUGUGACAAGACCAAGUGCCCCACUGACAAGGCCUGCUACACCUAUGACAAGGCCACAUGCUCCAGUUUCUACUCCAACUACAACCCCAAGUCAUGGUCAGUCUUUAAAACCAUCACCUUCUACUGUGGAACAGGAACGCUGGGAUGAGGAUUCUUUCCACGGACUCUGGGACACAAAUGAGGAUAAAGGAGCAAAUAUGAAGUACGAGUUGUGUAAACAGGAGUCAAUGAUGCCUCCGCCUGUCUCCUCGCCUGUGAAAGUACCUGCUGUUCACACCUCUGUUCCAUCAGCUGUACCAGUGUCCCUUCCUCCAGUUAUUCCACCAGUUCCUAAAGCACCUGUAAUUCAGCAAACUGUGGAUUAUGGCCAUGGGCGAGAUAUAACCACCAGUAAAGUGGAACAGAUUCCAUAUGGCGAGAGAGUAACCCUGCGUCCGGAACCUCUACCAGAGAGACAAAUGUUUCAAAAAGAGCACCCUAGUCGUUACAACAGAGAAAGAGAUCGUGAGCCUUAUUUUGAGCGUCAAGGUAAUUCCAAUACAGAUCAUCGGGAUUUCAAGAGAGAGCGGGAAUUGCACAGAGACCGUGGUUCUGUGGACUAUGAACGAGAGAGGUUUGAAAAAGAGCGACAUCCCCGAGAAGAUAGGACUCAGUCGUACCGUGACAAGAAAGACCAUCCCUCCUCCAGGCGGGGUGGUUUUGAAAGACCACCAUACGAACGAAAGACAGAUCGUCCAGCAUAUGAUCAUGGGCCUUCUAUGUUUGGAGGUGAUCGUAGAAAUUACCCUGAGGAAAGAAUUCCUAUUUCUGCUCCAUCAAUACCCCGUCAGCCACCACCUGCUCCACGAGUGGAGAGGAAGCCAGAAUCUAAAAAUGUAGAUGAUAUUUUGAAACCACCAGGACGGGAUAGCAGGCCAGAGAGGAUUGUAAUCAUAAUGAGAGGAUUGCCUGGCAGUGGAAAGACACAUGUAGCAAAACUCAUCAGGGAUAAGGAAGUAGAGUGUGGAGGACCUGCACCAAGAGUGCUCAGUCUGGAUGACUAUUUUAUCACUGAAGUGGAAAAAGAAGAGAGAGACCCAGAUACAGGGAAAAAAGUGAAAAAGAAGGUGAUGGAGUAUGAAUAUGAAGCUGAUAUGGAAGAGACCUAUCGUACCAGCAUGUUUAAAACUUUCAAAAAGACCUUGGAUGAUGGCUUCUUCCCCUUCAUUAUCCUUGAUGCUAUCAAUGAUAGAGUGCGACAUUUUGAACAGUUUUGGAGUGCUGCAAAAACCAAGGGUUUUGAGGUGUACUUAGCUGAAAUGAGUGCAGAUAACCAGACAUGUUCCAAGAGGAAUAUUCAUGGACGCAAACUAAAGGAAAUCAGCAGGAUGUCUGAUCACUGGGAGGCAGCACCACGUCAUAUGAUGCGCCUGGACAUUCGUUCUCUGUUGCAGGAUGCUGCUAUCGAAGAGGUGGAGAUGGAGGAUUUUGAUGCAAAUAUUGAAGACCAGAAAGAAGAAGUCAAGAAGGAUACAGCAGAGGAGGAAGAAAGUGAACUGGGUUACAUUCCGAAAAGCAAAUGGGAGAUGGACACUUCUGAGGCAAAGCUAGACAAGCUGGAUGGUUUGCGGACUGGCACUAAAAGGAAACGUGACUGGGAAGCAAUUGCCAGCAGAAUGGAAGAUUAUCUACAGCUUCCAGAUGACUAUGAUACACGUGCUUCUGAACCGGGAAAGAAAAGGGUGCGGUGGGCAGAUCUAGAAGAAAAAAAAGAUGCGGACAGGAAAAGGGCUAUUGGUUUCGUUGUGGGACAAACAGACUGGGAGAAGAUAACAGAUGAAAGUGGUCAUCUUGCUGAGAGAGCCCUCAACCGCACCAAGUAUAUAUGAAAAAGUGGUUAAAUGGAAUUUUGUGCCUUUAAGGCCAUUUGCUCUGAGGAGUGAACCAAGGUGUCAUGAGCAUCUUGCAUGGGUCAUGUCACUCCCACCUUCACAAUUUUUCUUUGUUACUUUAGUUUCAGCAAUUUUCUUGAGAUAUUGGCAGAUAACCAGUGCCCUCAGAAAAACCAACGAAUCCCGCUGCUCCUAAGUGAGAGAGACAGUUUACUUUUUAAUAUUUUUGGAGGGGAGGGAGGGGGAGGGCCAGUAGUUUUAGCUGCUGUUUUUGGGAUAAAGUGGAAGGAUUAGACAAAUGUUACCUCCACUGUACUGUCACAGAAUGUUUAUCACCUUUGCUUUGUGGCCGUUCUCGUUUUAUACUGUAUGUACCUUGUAGCUUAUUGUAUUAGGAAGCAGAACAAUAAAUUUCACUAUAAACUC